UUCAUCAUUGCCUAAGCCUGUUAUAUAUAUCGUUGUUAACUAUUGCCACAUCAGUUUGCCAACUCCAGAGAUUAUACAGAACAAUGGGCUCCUAUAUGGAUGAGAAUAUUAUCGGUGAAGAUGAUAUACCCACCUACGCGGCAUCAUUGCUGGUACCAAAUGUUCAAGAAAUGGUUAGGAAAAAUCCUCUCGAAGUUCCCCAGAGAUACAUCAGGACCCAGGAAGAUGUUGCCAAGAUCAAUUGUAUCCUCUCGCCAGAGAUCCCCACCAUUGAUCUAUCUUCACUCUUGGGAGGAUGCCGGGACGAGCUCGAGAAACUCCAUGAGGCUUGCCAAGACUGGGGCUUCUUUCAGGUAGUAAAUCAUGGAAUGCCCAGACAAGUGAUGCGGGCGAUGAACGAAGUUACUGCACAGUUCUUCGAUCUUCCAUUAGAAGAAAAGAACAAAUUGUCGAUGCCAUCAGACGAUAUACAAGGCUAUGGCCACGCCUAUGUUGUAUCUGAGGAUCAGAAGCUCGAUUGGUCUGAUGCUCUUAUUCUCAUCAUCUAUCCAAACCACUUCCGGCGGCUCAAGUACUGGCCUACCUCACCAGAACAUUUCAGAGAAACUCUGGAGUCAUAUUCGAGUGAAAUCAGGAGAAUUGGAGACGAGCUCAUGGGCUCAGUAGCAUUGACCAUGGGACUUGACAAGGAUGCCAUGCUCAAGCUGCAUGGGGACUUGCUCCAAGCUCUACGCGUGAACUACUACCCAACUUGUCAGAAACCCGAUGAAGUGGUGGGAGUUAGUCCACACUCAGAUACGAGCAUCAUCACCAUACUAUUGCAGAGCGAUGAGACAGAAGGGUUACAGAUUCAGCACGAUGGAAUGUGGAUCCCAGUCAAGCCAAUUCCUGAUGCUCUCGUGGUUAAUGUCGGGGAUGUUCUUGAGAUUUGGACAAAUGGGAAAUACAAGAGCAUUGAGCACAGGGUCGUGACCAAUGAGAAGAAGCCCAGAAUCUCUUUGGCGUCUUUCAUAGCCCCACUCGAUGACAUGGAGAUUGAGCCUCUCGAUCAUAUGGUGGAUCAGGAAAGGCCGUGUAAGAUGUACAAGAAAGUGAAGUAUGGAGAGUAUCUGAGACAUUCCAUGAACAGGAAGAUGGAGGGGAAAGCCCACACUCAAAUGGCCAAGGCUUAAUAUCAGUCAUAUUAGUUUAUAAGCUCCAAUAGAUGUGGGCAUCUAUAAAGUUGCACGCACUUAUUAUCCAUUCGUGAUUCAGGCCAUUUUCAGUUUUGUUUUGUAUGAUUACGCAGUGUGUAAAUAUGAAAAAGCAGAAGAAGCACCACAGAAAUU